ACCACCUCAUCCCAUGACCUUCGCAAAUCCAUUAUGGCACUCCUUUCCUCUGAAUUUGCUAUGAAGGAUCUCGGUCCAUUGAGUUAUUUUCUCGGGAUUGCCGUGACUAGACAUGCAGGUGGCUUAUUCCUCAGUCAGAGCACCUAUGCUCGAGAUAUUAUUGCACGUGCCGGCAUGACUUCGUGCAACCCUUCUGCUACUCCGGUUGACACCAAGCAGAAGCUCAGUACAUCCUCCGGCACUCCAUAUGAGGAUCCCACUAUGUACCGUAGUCUUGCAGGUGCUCUCCAGUAUCUCACCUUCACUCGCCCUGACAUUUCAUAUGUUGUUCAGCAGGUUUGUCUUCACAUGCAUGCUCCUUGCACUGAGCACAUGUUGGCACUAAAGCGCAUUCUGCGCUAUGUUCAGGGAACCUUGCACUUUGGUUUGCACCUAUAUCCGACCCCUAUUGAGAAGCUUAUUUCUUAUACUGAUGCUGAUUGGGGUGGAUGUCCUGACACCAGACGCUCCACUUCUGGUUAUUGUGUUUUUGUUGGUGACAACCUCAUCUCUUGGUCGUCCAAGCGUCAGCCUACUCUCUCUCGUUCCAGUGCAGAGGCUGAGUACAGAGGUGUUGCUAAUGUUGUUUCGGAAUCUUGUUGGCUCCGCAAUCUCCUGCUGGAGCUUCACUUUCCUCUUUCCCAGGCUACUUUGGUGUACUGCGAUAAUGUUAGUGCUAUAUAUCUCUCUGGAAAUCCUGUGCAGCAUCAGCGUACCAAACAUAUUGAGAUGGAUAUCCACUUUGUUCGGGAAAAGGUCGCACGCGGUCAGGCUCGAGUUCUUCAUGUCCCUUCUCGCCAUCAGAUCGCUGAUAUCUUCACCAAAGGCCUUCCCCGGGUUCUUUUUGAUGAUUUUCGGACCAGUCUCAGCGUCCGGGAACCUCCCGCUUCGACUGCGGGGGUGUGA